UUUCGUGAAAAUUUAUUUUCUUAUUGCGCAAAUUCAAAUAACAUACCCUACAAGACGGCGAUAGCCAAUUCACCACUACAUUUACAACUUUUCAGAUGCCUACCUACACAGUCACAUUUGGUUUUAAAGGAAUUUCCUAAAGUUAGAACAGUAUGUUUUAUGAGGAUACGAAACGCAUGUGCUAGAGCGAACAAGCGCAAAAGGAAUACGCUAGCAAUUUUAAAUAGAAACUCCGCUGGAAAUCUCUUCAAGAGAUCUGUGGCGGAAAACAAUUUGGACAGCAAUUUAAAAUGCCUACCUACACAGUCACAUUUGGUUUUAAAGGAAUUUCCUAAAGUUAGAACAGUAUGUUUUAUGAGGAUACGAAACGCAUGUGCUAGAGCGAACAAGCGAUAGGCACUGCAAGCAAAGCUAAACUUGACAUUUUGAUCAUAGCAGCAUGAAAAUUAUACGUCACUAUUAUAAUUUCUUUUGAACGUUUGCGAACAUUGGCGCAAAAGGAAUACGCUAGCAAUUUUAAAUAGAAAUCCGCUGGAAAUCUCUUCAAGAGAUCUGUGGCGGAAAACAAUUUGGACAGCAAUUUAAAUUACAGAACAACGAAUUCAGAAGCGCCGCUUCAGUUUUAUUCGCGCCUCUCAAGUCCGUAGAACUGCUACCAACACGACUCCCGAAGUGGCCCCAACAGCUGAGGUCCUAUCGAGCAGCCACGCAGAGCUUAUCAAACGUCUGGACGGAAUUCAAGAGGCCCAAAAGGGCAUGUUUUCACUUUUGGGUGGUGUGGACAACCGUCUAACUGCCAUUGAAAAGGCGCUUAAAGAAAAUAUGCCUGAGAAAGCUGAGGUUCAAGCGCAAAGCAAAAUAUUACGUGAAUACAAAGUCAUCGCGGCGCGAACUCAGCUAUCGGUUAGCCGCAUCACAGGUGACAUAGAGGACGAGGAAUACCUAGAGCUUGCCUCCAUGCUUCCCAUGUCAUCAGAGGAGACAUUGCUAGCCGUAAAGACGAAACUCUGUACAAAGGCCAGUAGUGAUGCAUUGAUGCGGCUGUUAGUUAAGUCAAAAGGUGUAAAAGGCAGUGUAGACGGAGUUCUGCGUUCGCUGCUGCACGAUAACUUGGUGGCCGGCUACAAUUUGGAGGGACGUAAAGAAAAAAAAUCGCUUCUAAAGCUUAAGGCUCUGGACUUGGUUUUCGAUGUCUUUGGGGAGAACACGAAGGAGCAGACCGUUAAUGAAAUUAGGCGUUAUGUAGCACUUAGUCACAAUAGGUUUAAGCAAAAAAAAGCACAAACUUAAUUAGAUGUAAAUAUUUAUAUCUUAAGG